AUGUCAUUAGUCCAAGAAAUUAAAAUUGGUGACAAUAGACUAACCACCCACAUAUCAGACCAAGAGCAAGAUACUCUAUUAGAAGUCUUAAAUUUAAAUUUAAACUUAUUGCAGGAUUGCUGUUGCCUAUUGUUAGCGCAGUCACUAAGGAUCAUUGCAGAGGAUUUACCUUCUUUUAAAACGUAGGUAGGGAAAACUUCUUCGAGUUAGAUGACUCACCGGGUGGGUUGUACGGCUCUUUGCACCACCUUUCCUCUUCUUCACCACCUGAGGCCAUGACACCGUGAAGAAGGGUUAUAUGUCUCCAUCUCCCAUUGCCUUGUCAAAUCCAGUGUUGAAUGGGAAGGCUUUAGACUUCUGCGGCAUGAUGCUUUGGCUGUACGAAGGUUGAUCGCAAAAAAAAUCCAAAAAAUGAAAUUUCGGUCGGGAUAUCAGCAAAAAGGAAAAUUCAAAGCCUGGGAUAUAGCUCCCAUUUUCACGCUAGGGAAUUGCCCGAAUGGUCUAAAGCAUUGUCUGUAGACUCUGCUGGGCUUACCCUUUCCAAAUCUGAACCCACCUUUUCCCUCGAGUUAAUUUCAAUCCCGAAAAUAGACUAGGGUAAGGCUCUUGCAUUGCCAGAAUCGCUUACCUAGCAUUGCUGUCCAUUUCUAGGUUCGUAAAACCUUGCCAGAUAUAAUUAAAUAUGUGCUGAAGGAAGUCGGGGAAGCCGAUCGCGAAGCGCUGAGUCGCCAUACUUAAUUGGAAAUACUCUAUUAGAAGUCACUUUCCCAACUGUUCCCUGCCUUAUUACUCAUUUUUCCUUCUUGGUCAGAGACUCAGAGCAAGCAAAUAAAAUUUUUAAACUCAGCAGCAUUGAGGCAAAGCGAAAUGAAGAAGACGAUUACACGAGUCUUCAUGACUGCGAAAUCCCUAAUUUGGAUCCCAAUGUUGAGUUUCAACAAAAAGGCACAGUUGUGAUGGUCCCUGCUUUAGGAGUUUCCCACUCAAUCCGAAUUAUCUUUACAUGUCAUAAUGAUCCUGAAGACUGUGACGCUGAAGUAGCUGCUAUAUCAAAAAGAAGCCAUUGGGCAGUCCAAGCAUUUCAAGACUGCUAUAGUGCUGUAGCAAUUGUGGGGUUUAGUUUAAAUGUGAGUCCUACAGCUUCUCAUGUGGUAACUUUGCUCAAUAUUGCAAGCAUUUUAAGAAAAGAGCCAGAAGGAUCAGAUGCUGACUAUUUGGCAGGCUUAGCACUCAUGAAUGCAAGAAGAUUCGUGCAGGCUUCAGAGUUGAUAAGAAGAGCUGAGUCAAGAUUUGUAGGGCCUCUUGAUAUGCCAACGAAAACACCAAGAAAUUUUGGAACGCCUCAUACAAGAUCGCCAUCAGCAACAAAUAAUAAAAAACUGCUCCGAGCUGCCAAACUUGAGCUAUUGGUUGCUGAAGGGUUCAAUCAGCAUGGGCAAAUUUUGGAUAAAUUAAUUGCUUAUGAGCAUGCAACUGAACUGUAUUUAGGAGGAACAGAAUUAGAUGCAGUGAGCUUAGACAGUGAUAUAUAUAGCAGUUUGCAGCGUUUACAGCCUCAUCUUGGCAGACUUUUACUGAAAAAUUUGCAUGAUAAGCUGGAACCUUUGAGAAUGGCAUGUGUAAGAGGGCUGGAAUUUCUGAUGGAAAACUUAGGCUGCUCUUUAGGCACUCAACUAAUCCAAACUUUGAAAAUUACAAUUAAAUCUUACCCGCUAGCAGCCCAAGCAUUUUCAUCAGAUUCUUUUAACAAUUCUUUAAUGUCAGCAAUAUCUAUAAGUGAUAUUAUACAUAAAGAAGAGCCCCCAUCAGCGGGAUUAAUUGAUUCUUACAAUCGUUUACUAGAAACCUGUUUGAGCACCUUAUCUUCUGCAUCUCCUCAGCUGUUGCAUUUAAUUUUCAAUGAAGUUCUCUCUCAUUACUUGCUGAUUUCUGAACUUCCUAAAGACUUGAAAAUCUAUUUAUUAAAAUUCACUGAAAAAGUUACUACAAUUUGCGAAGCUGAUCUGGAUUAUUCAAACUCACUUCUCACUGGGAUUUUAAGUAUGAGAUCUUGUGAAGAGAUCAGUGAGCAUGCAACGAGAGUGUGGGAGCUUGUGAAAACCAAAGUUUUACCACAUUAUACAGCUUCAAGACUCGAGUCACUUGUUAAUUGGAUUGUAGAUGUACUGAAAGGAGACAGCUGCGAAGAGCACAUCUCAAGUGUGCUAGAACUUGUUAUAUUAUUAGGAAAAAGAGAAGAAAAUCAAAAUUCUUUGAUUAAGCCUAGACAAAGGCCUCAACUAAAUCAGCUGAUGAACCCACUGUUACAAUGACUAGACUAUUCUGCGUCAAACCAAGAAAGGCUUGGACUAUUUCAACAAGUGUGGGGAUGCAUCGCGGGAAUUUCGAUGAGCAUGCCUGAAAUCAAUUUACUCCCCCCCAUCCUUGAUCGAACGAUUGACUGUAAAAAUUCCUAAAAAUUGGGGAAAUUAACCCCCAUCCUUGAUCGAACGAUUUUCAUAUCAUGCAAAUUUUUAUAUAUAUAAAAAAAUAUUAAUUAUCAAAUGCUUUGGAAGAUGUGCCUAAUGAAGUUAUUUUCAGAGCUUUGAGACGACAGAAAGCUGCGAAAUCAACCAUCUGAAGUGAUUUAGACAUCAACCUAGGCUUAAAAACUCAAUAAUCUAAUAAAAUAAAGAUUCUUUAAAAUUUUAAAAAAAUAUUUAAUUUAAUUAAAAUUUAUACAGUUUUAAAAGGGUAACUAAUAAUCAAAAUAUAUUAAAAAAUUGGUAUUUUUAUGAAAUUAAUUCAAUUUUUUGCUGUAAAAAUAAUUAUUAAAUACUCUUAACCCUCUUAUUUAAAGUAAAUAAAAAAAAUCUAUAUAUAUCUUUUUCAUUUUAUAUAUAAAAUAUUUUUCCCCAAAAAAAUUUUUUUUUAACCCCCAUCCUUGAUCGAACGAUGGCGAGUCGUUCAAUCAAGGAUGGGGGGGGGGAGUUAGUCAAAAUUAUGAUGCCGCUGCUACAAAAAGUUAAUGAAUACUGCAAAAUGGCAACUCUUCCACUGCCAAUGCUCAAGUUUUUAAACGUUGUGCUUUCAGAUCUUAAACCAGAUUCAGCUUUUUACGAGUUUUUACUAGACUUUUUACCUAACUUUUGCCAAUCAAUUCCGAGCAACGUGCAUGAUGAAGUUUUUCAGGUUUUAAAUCAGAUUCUCAGCUUUAUUGGUGGAUGCUUAAGUGAGCAUCAUUUAGAAGCGUUAAUUGAAGGAGUUCUAGAUCAAUAUACUGUAAAAAGCCAAUCCCAAAAGCAGACGCGGACUUAUUUGACUAAUCUAAUUGUCAGCCAACAAAUGUACCUAGAAUUUGUUCUUGAUUAUUGUUUUUUAUUAAACCAGGAUAACAACCUAGACCAUUUUAAAUUUGACAGACAAAAAAUUAUUUUAGAGCAUGAUCAUUUUCUUGAGAAAUUGUCAUUCGCUAUAGAAGUUCUGUCAUUAUUAGAAAGUCCUCAUUCAGAAAUAGUCAUUGGUCAUAUGGAACAAAUUGGUAACGUCUGCCAAAAACUUCUAACAAGCAAAGACUCUCAUGUAAGAAUUAGAAGCUUAGAAGUUUUGAGGCUUUUAGGAGAAAUCACUUUGAUUUCUGAAGAAGAUGACACUCUGUGUGUCAGCAAAUUAAUAGCAGCCACUGUGAAGCCUUAUCUAGAAACUGGAGAAGACGCAAAAGUUGUUUUUUAUAGCUUGCAGCUUGUAGAUAUGAUAUUCAAAAAUUUGCUUCCUCCAACAAUUGAUGAAGAGAGAUACCAAGAAGCAAGGAUGCUUGAAGCCCUUAAGCUUUGAAACGGGGUUCAAAACCAGAUCUAUUCUCCAUGGAGCAAUAACCGUGCCAUUUCUUUCUCAAUAUUAUGCUCUUGGGUGCAAAUUGAUAUAAAUCAGCUGAGAGCUCCUCUUCAGUCAAAACUUAAACUAAGCCUGCUUCCCCUUCUUUUAUCUCUAUUAUCAAGCAAAGAGUCAGAGUCCAGAGCUGGAGCUUUAAACAUUAUGGGCUCCUUUUGCGGAUUGAGUUUACCUGACACUGCGACCGAUGUUAACACCUCUGUGUUUAAAAAGCACAGUGAGCAAAUCCCAGUUGCGAUUUGGGAGCAAGUUUUUCAUUUGCAAGAUGACUGGGAUCCAAUGAUUAGAGAUGCAGCAUGCGUUCUUAUUCAACUAUCAGCACCCAAAGAAGAAGUAAGGCGCUGCUAUCAAGUGCAAAAAGAAGAACUAUCGCUAACUCCCCCCCCUCCGUGAGUGAACAAAACCAUUAGAAAAAUCCCUAUUUUUUGCCCAAAAACCCACCCUCCGUGAGUGAACAAAAAUUUUUUAUGGAAAAAAAUUUUGAUAUAUAAAUGAUAAUUAUUAUAAUGAAAUCUAGAGCUAAUUCUGUUUAAUUUUAAACGAAUUGCUUUUUAAGACAUAAAUUUUAUAAAUUAAAUUAAUAUUUGCUUUCCAAUUUUUGCGAAUUAGGAUUUUUUUUAAAUUUCGAAAAAAAAAAUAUUUUUUAUAAAAUUUAUAUUUAAAAAAAAAAAUUAACCCCUCCGUGAGUGAACAAAAUUUUUUUGUUCACUCACGGAGGGGGGGAGUAAGGACUUUGAAUAUUGCCAAUCUGGAAAUUGAAGAAGGCAGUGAAAGUCCUGCUGAUGAAAACAUUUUUUGAGCUGAAAACUACUCAAGCCAAGAACUGGUACAACUUGUGAGCUUAUUUAAGACAGAUACGAAAAACCCAAGCCAACUGUGGAAUGAGCCCAGAGAAAACAGAGAAGGAGGAUUAGAGUUUGGGAAGACUGAGGAGUCAAAGCCAGAGGAUGAAGAGGAAACCUUAGAAGCCCUAGGAGUCAUUGAUAUUGAGGAUGAAUUGCUUGAAGGCUGUGAUGAUGAAGCCAAUAAUUUCCCAGUCAUAAAAAAUAACUACGCAAAAAGGAAACCUCAGCAAAAGCAAGUCAACCAAACAACUGAAGACCAAACUUGAAGCCGGCCUUUGAGGCCUCAUAAUUCAUCACUGAGACCUUGCACUCCUCCAGCAAAAACUCAGCAUGAUCUACCAAGGGCAAUAAGGCCUCAAUCCCGGCAUGCUAUGCGUGAUCCUAUUAUUAUAGAAGAUUCGAGCUCCAAACCGCAAGAGCCGAUAGCCAAGCAGAUGCCUCAGCCUCCUCCUGAUUCUAAAGACCAAAAAAAGGAGAUUCCAGAAUUUGAUAUUGAAGAAGAUAUUGAUAUUGCUGAUCUUGAAGAAGAAAAAGAAGAAGGACACUUUAGGCGCAACAGCUUAGAAGAUUUAGAAGAUCUACUGAACCCUGAGCCUGAGUUAAAAUUAACCCCAGAUUUUGAUAUACGAAAUGGCAAUAAAUCACCUCAAAGCUCAAGGAAAAAAAUUGAAGAAGAGCUUGCAAAUAGACUAAAAAAUUCAGUUUCUCAGCCUACAACUUUAAGCAAAAUUUAUCUUCAAAAGCCUGAUCUUACUAUUUUUAAAAAAAAAUCUCGAUCCCUGAACAACAGUUUACUCUCCUUUGAGGAAGUAAGAACUUUUUGCUUGCUAUAUAAAUUAUAGUGGAGUUUAUAUAAAAUUUCUAUUGCGCCUGAAUCAUUAUUAAUUUCUGAGGAAAAAUACCCUUAAAGAAAAAUCUUUUUGGCAUUUUAAAAUAUUCUGAAGUGUCAAAUUUAAAUUUGGCAAAUAGAAUAUAAGAUAAAAUUCUUACUCCCCCCCCCCCUCCGUGAGCGAACAAAAAAAUUUUGUUCGCUCACGGAGGGGGGGGGUUAAUUUUUUUUUUUAAAAAAAAAUUUAUAUAUAAAUUUUAUAAAAAAUAUUUUCUUCGAAAUUUUAAAAAAAUCCUAAUUUGCAAAAAUUGGGAAGCAAAAUAUUAAUUUAAUUUGCAAAAAUUUAUGUUUUAAAACGCAAUUUGUUUAAAAUUAAACAGAAUUAGCUCUAGAUUUCAUUAUACUAAUUAUCACUUAUAUAUCAAAAUUUUUUUCCAUUAAAAUUUUUUCUAUUAAAAAAAUUUUUGUUCACUCACGGAGGGUGGGUUUUUGGUCAAAAAAUGGCGAUUUUUCUAAUGGUUUUGUUCGCUCACGGAGGGGGGGGGGGGGAGUUAGAAUUUUAAAUUAAUUUUUUCUUCCAAGAGACGUCGCUCUUAAAAAUCUAUAAAGGGCACCUGCUAUAUAUAAUAAUAAUAUUUAAAAUUUUUGAAAUAAAAAUCUAAUUUAAUUAAUGAUUCAAUUUUUCUAUAUUUUAUCGAAAUCACUUGAAAUUUCAUAAUUAUCAUCAUAAUUAUAUAUCUUAAAAAAGACUCAUAAACUAAGAGGAUUUAAGUUCCAAUUUUUUUCCCUGCUAACCGAGGAGCGGAGUUAGUGAAAGGGAGAAGAGGUAGCUCUGGUAAAUCAAAUAAAAAACUGAAGCCUUAA